AUGGACCUCGACCAGGCUCUCGGCAUGGUCGAGCUCGAUCGCCUGUGCUCCUCCUCCCGCUCGCAGCUGCACGAGGCGCUCGUCAACCUGCUCCAGUCGCAGCAGCCGGCGAGCGCGAACCUCUCGAUGGCGACGCGAGCGACGCUCGGCAAGCGCGGGCUGGGUCAGCUUGAGGUGGCCAAGGGCUCGCUCGACAUCGCGAGUGACCUCUCCGCAAUGCUGGAGCGGGAGCGCGGUGUGUUGGCGCGGCUCGCGGCGGAGAACCUCCUCUUUGUGAAGCGCCUCCAGCAGUCCGAGUCGGCGCGAGCAGAGGCGGAGCGCGAGCGCGCGGAGCUGCAGACGCGCUGGAGGGAGCAGACCGAGGAAUGGUUCCGGCGAGCGACCGACGAGCUGCAGUCGCAGCUGCUGGUCGACUGGGGCACGUCGGGCGCGGUCGCGGCCGAGCUGCAGCAGGCACGCGAAGAGGCGGCCGCGGCGGCCUCUGAGCACGCACGCGAGGUGAUGCGGCUGCGCGAGAGGGCGAUCCGCGACGAGCAGGCGCCGGCCGAGCUGCGAUGCCAUCCCGCUCCAUCCGUGCCUGACACUGUGAAUGGCGAUCAGGCGCUGGCCGGGCUGCGCGCGUCGCUGCACGGUGCCGAGGAGAAGGCGCGCGUGGCGCAAGCGGUCUCGCAGCGCGCGCGCGCCGAGGUGUCUGGCGAGCACAACGCGCUGCUCGAGGCGCAGGCGCGGCUCGACUUUGCCGAGGAGGAGACGAGGUCGCUCAAGGCGCGGCUCGACGCGGCCGAGAGAGAAAAGUCCUUUUUGCUCGCCGCGUGCAACCAGGGAGGCAAGGCGGAGCGGCUGUAG